AUGGAGGUGGUGGGCCCCCCCCGAAAAAAAAUCCUGGGUACGUGCCUGGGCCUAGGGCUGGUAAACGUAGAGAUAAAACUCAAAGUUCACAGGUACCUUUUUUUCAAAAACCAAACUCAUCAUAUUAUACGUCAUUCUUUCAAACAAUUAGGAGGGGGGUACUUAAGCGAGUGGAUCGAAGGUGCCCAAGGAGUCCCACGAGCCCGCACUCUAAAAUUCUACAGGGAGGUGGAGCAGGCAGCUCGCUUCUUCGAGCAGCGUUUUUCUCAAGAGUAUCUAAAAAAUGUGAAACGGAAGAGUCUGUACUGGAACACUAUAGAUAUGCUAUUCCCACCACCCCUAUAUCGGUCUCGAGUUGGGAGCCAGCUGGAGUCUGACGUUUUCAAGCGUCUGCCAAAAUAUCCUGUAAAAACAGCGAUUAAGGAUUUCUUUGUUAGGUUACAUGUCGAAGUUCUACCUAUAAAAACAUGGCUACGUAACAAGGGUUUCUUCGUGCCGUGGUCAACGGACUGCCCUCUCUGUCCCCAUCCAGAAUCGUUGCAGCACGUAUUUUUGUUUUGUACAAAUGCAGUACUAUUUUGGCACAACAUACGAAUUGUGUUUGACGUGCAGAUAUACCCAAAUUGGGAUAACGUUAAAUAUCUGACACUGGAAGAUGACAAAAAUAACAGUGCUGAAACCCUGUUAUUGCUAGGUUUGUAUGCAAUUUGGAGAUCCCGAACUGAUUACGUCCUAGCACUAGAAAACGCAAAACCUGCGUGGACGCACUUUUGUGAUGCUUUUGCAUAUACAAGUUCGCUGCUGGGCGGCGAAGAUGAGUUUAGCAAGCGAUGGCAGGUGUGGCAGAAGCGCCUGCAGCAAAGAUGAAUACUCAUAUAGAUGUGCAAUUCGCAGUGUAUGUGUGUGUGUGUGUGUUAGAAAAGCUGUGAAGAAAGAACGCUUCCGUGCAUGG